CGUACUCCUCGUAUCAAUAGUACAUUUCAUAGAACUUCACCCCAAAAAAAAUACUCCGUACAAAGAAAGAAGAAAAAUUAUUUGAAAGGUUACCAGAAGAAGCAAAAUUGGAAUAUCUAUAUCUGUUUUCAAUGACAGCAAAUUGUCUCCUAAAAAUAAAUAAAUUUCAAUAAAAAUAGUCGCCAAAUUUCAGGAAAAAGCGCAAACGGCAAACCAGAUCUCUCAUUUUCUUCCUAAUUUCCUCCCUCAAUUCUUCCCUUCUUUCUCCUGGUCAUUUCAAUGGAGGAGCAGCUUCCUCUCAAUUUCUUUAACCAAAAUUAAAAAAAUCCUAAAAAAAAACAAAAAACAAUAAAAAAGAUUGAAAUUUGAAUCUGGGGUUUUCUGGGUUUGUUCCAUAGAAGUUCUGGGUUGCCAUGGAUCUGCGAGGUUUGAUUGUGUUGUGCGUUAUUUGCAUUUGGCAAUGUUUAGAGGUGAAAAUGGUUUCAGGAAAUGCAGUUUUUAAGGUGGAGCAUAAAUUUAAAGGUCGCGAUAGAACGUUGAAGGAGCUCAGAGCUCAUGAUGCUCGUCGCCAUGGUAGAAUGCUUGAUACUGUUGAUUUCGCUCUUGGUGGUAGUGGGGUGCCUACUGAUGCUGGGCUGUACUUUACGAAAAUUAAGAUUGGGAAGCCUCCUAAAGAGUAUCAUGUACAGAUUGAUACAGGAAGUGAUAUUUUGUGGGUUAACUGCGAUGGAUGCGAAAAGUGCCCCAAGAAGAGUGGGCUAGGAAUAAAGCUGAAUGUUUAUGAUCCGAAAGGUUCAACUUCGGCCAACUUAGUUAACUGUGAUGAUAGCCAGUGUACCAUGAUAUACCAGGGUACUCUAUCUGGUUGCCAACAUGACAUGCUUUGUCAAUAUGAAGUUACUUAUGGUGAUGGGAGUACAACUUCUGGAUACUUCGUUGAAGAUCUUUUUCAGUAUGAUAAAUCCUCUGGCAAUUCGCAAACUGGGAAUGGCAGUAUUGUUUUUGGGUGUGGCGCUAAACAAUCUGGUCAGCUCCUUGAUUCAUCAGAAGCACUUGAUGGGGUAAUGGGUUUUGGACAAGCAAACUCUUCUGUGCUUUCACAGCUUUCAGCAUCUGGAAAGGUGCAGAAGAUGUUUUCUCAUUGCUUGGACAGUGAAAAGGGAGGUGGAAUAUUUUCCAUCGGACAGGUUGUUGAGCCAAAGAUGAAUCAUACUCCGUUAAUUCCAAACCAGGCACAUUACAAUGUGAUCAUGGAAAGUAUAACGGUGGCUGGUGAAGUUUUAAAACUUGAUAUCGAAACCUCUGGGAGCGACAGAGGAGCAAUUAUUGACAGUGGUACAACUUUGGCGUAUUUACCAGAUGACGUUUAUGACAAGAUUGUUAACACAAUUUUUGCCAAGCAGCCCAGUAUAAAACUACAUACUGUUGAUGGUCAAUUCAAAUGCUUUCAAUACUCCGGAAGAAUUGACGAUGGAUUCCCCUACGUUACCUUCCAUUUCGAGAAUUCUCUCAAGCUGAAAGUAUAUCCUCGUGAAUAUUUCUUUGCACUCGAUGACGGAGACAAUAAGUGGUGCAUGGGUUGGAUGAACAGCGCAUUACAGUCUCGUGACGGGAAAGACGUUACUAUCUUGGGAGAUAUUGCAUUAUCCGGCAAAGUGGUGUUCUAUGACCUUGUAAAUCAAACUAUUGGAUGGACUGAUUACAACUGUUCGUCAAGCAUCAAAGUAAAAGACGCGCAAUCAGGAGCCGUGUAUACUGAUAACUAUGAAAUUACUGGACAAAGAGGAAGCUCCAGCUACCUUCGCGCUUUCUGGCCAAGCUUACUAUUCUGUAUUUGCAUUUCCACCAUUUAUUUUUGAUCUUCUUUAAACAAAAAUACUUCGUAAUUUUUCGUAUAUAAUAUAGGAAUAUAUUUAUUCAAAAGGUCUUGCGCGCAUAAGGUGUACAAUAAAUUUAUCGUACACUAAGAUAACUUUUAUGUAGUUUUUUGUAAUUUUAACCUAGUUUUUUUAUAAUUUUUAUAUUACAAAAAAAAUUGAUAAAUAAACAUUUUAAAGAGUUAAAUGAUUAA